GGAGUUGCGUGACUUUAAAGUGAGUGAAAACACGUUGCCUUUACAUGACUACCUUGACGCCAAAUGAUACACCGAAAAGUUCGCGACAACAACGAGUUCAAAAACACCAAGUGCCGGUUACAAGACUUUCAAAGGAGCGCUAGUGAGUAGAAAGUUUCGUUAACGAAUAUUACCGCGCGACAUCCGUAUGUCAAUAUGAAAAGUGAGAGAUACGUGACCAGAAAGAAGAGGAAAACCCAACAACCUGUUGCUUCCAAUAGCGCUCCGACUAUAGGUAUCAAGGCAGACGUCUCGGAAGCCAAUUUUGAAAAUGUGCCCUCGAAUAGCAAUAAUCAGAGAUCGCGGUCAAGGCAAACCGUUAUCUCUGAAUAUUUCACGUCCCCGAAAGAAACUUUGGCGCGCAAACCAAAAGCCGAGGACGGCGAGCCCGCGCCCAUAAUGAUCAACCUUCCACGACUUCUCAAUCAGUUACUGAAUGCCCGGGUGGUGUUAAACCGCGGAAUUCCCUCGAUAAAGACUAUGUCAACACAAGAAAUCAUAAGGAGGCGCUCCAAGUACAUGGUCCAGCGUUACUGCUACAAAUGUAAGAUCUUGGAGACGGAUCCCAUACAACGCUGCAUGAUCAAGAUUUGCCGCAGAUGCGAUACUCUACUGGUCUACGUGUGCACCAAAUGCAACGUGGAAUACUUCGUGCAAUACGGACAAUUGAUAAGGCACGUACGCAGUUGCGAGGGCAAUAACGAUAAACGAUUGAAGAAGAAUGUAUUGGACUCGAUCACUUUGUACUUCUGCGCCAACUGCUCUUUCGCGACCUCGCACAAGGGUAUGUUAAUCAGACACACAAAUGCCUUGCGUCACAAAGAAUUCAAAGGCGAGAAGGUGAUCCAAGCUCCGCGUCUGGGGGAAGAAGGUAAUUAUCGCCCAUUUCCAGUCGUCAAAGAAGACGUUGAUUUCUACGAAAAUGUUAUCAAGCGCUACUGUCCCAAGUGCAAGACAGUUGUGACCGGCUAUUGGACUAUACAAUACCAGAUUUGCUCUAACUGUCAAACGCGCUUGCUAUUCAGUUGCGACAAGUGUAAAUACAAGUGUUUGUUAUACUCGACUUUGAAUAAACACGCGAAAGUUAAGUGUCCUCGGCAAGGCUGUCGGUAAGAGAAAUAUGAUACACCUCGUCGCUUUGGCAAAUGGUACACUCUGAUUUGAAAUUGUAAGUGUUCUACAAUGCCGAACUGAAAAAAGAUUAACUUGAAAAUCGAAAGAAACACAAGCUGUCUUAUCGAUUAUAGGAAUUAAUUUUUGUAUUAUAAAUCAAGUAUACUUUCAAGUAUAUGAAAUGAAAUAGAAAGUAAUUUGUAAACCGAAUAUUUUUUUGUAAACAAUCAUAAAAAUAACUUUACAAGUUCUCUGUAAAUUAUUAGGAAAAUUGAAAUAUUGAAACCAAAUGUAUUCAAUAACAAUAAUAUAAAAGUAUGAAAAUUUAAUUUUAAAUAUGCAAUAGCAUGUGUAUUCUUGAAUAAUUUGUCGUUUGGUGAUGUAGUAAAAGGAACAUAUUUACGAGGCAUUUUCGAAGAAAGUCUCCGUCUUCUCGAACACGUGUUUUUGAGAAGACAUAAAAAAAGAGGGUGGGAAUAGUAGGAGUGUGAUUUAGUGAAGUAAAUGGCAAAGGAAUAUUUCAAUUUAUUAGUGAUCAAAAAGCUUUUGAGUGUUGUUCCCGCGGGUUAUUUAUUUUCGGUUCGUGCAAUAAUUGUCCAAUAAUCGUAUUCUUCUACUCUUCAAAAAGUAGUAUCCGUGAAAAUAAACCAUCGGCAUUGCUCGAUCGUCACAAAAGCAGUGGACGCGCGCUGUCUGCUACGAACGAUCAGCCGGUCUCUGUUUUAUAUACUUGUCCAUUCAAACUUCGCAAAUUCAUAUCGUUGCCAUUACAUUGCCCGAUGUCGAGCUUCUCGUAGAUGUAGGCGAAAACGAUGACUUGGAUAGAAAUACAAAAAUGAAUGAAAAGAACGCGCGUUGGAACGAAACAGGUCUGCGUAGGAAAGUAUGGACAUAGAUUUCGGCUGGACUAUUUUACAAUUGUACGGUGAGUUCAACGUAUAUAUCGCGUGUAGCGACAUCUUCAGAGAAUAUUAAGUGCUGUGAUAGAUAAAUACGCCAAUUAUAAAUACGAGCAAGCCAGAAUCGAACAACGUUGCUUCGCUCAUUUCUUACCGCGCAAACCAAUUUUACAUCGGCAACAAUUGUAAGUGUAUAUUUGCAGGUAUCGAUCAGAAGAUCGUGAAGGAUGUGCGUAUUGAAUCUAGACUCAAGUGUGAGCUGGGUAAAAAAAACCAGAACGUGCACGGAGGGCUCGCGACACUUUUGGAAUAUUUUCUCGCAAUGCCGCCAGUCACCUACGGAUUUUUCGAAUUUCAUAAUUGGUCUGCCUUGUCUCUUUUUUUCCAAAUUCAGGUGCAAAUUCAUUGCAAACAAAAUAGUCAACGUUUCCUUACUGCUAACUCGACUGUUAAGUGCCUGAGUAGCGAUAAAUCGUUUGCCCGAUAGCAAAUCCGUCCAAGUCUAACCAUUGACUGACUGUACCAAUCGCUUGUGGGCACUGCUCGUUUAGAUGUAAAAAAGAGAUCACCUGAAUUCUGUUGCGUUAAUAAUAAUAUUUUAAGGAAAGUUGCGAAUAAGCAGGAGUCCUGCUUUUUCAUUACCAACUCGAUUGAAGCAAAACUGUGAAUAAUUGCAACAAAAAAUUUUAAGCCGCUUUUUCACUCAUUUUGUAUUCUUGGUAUUAUAAAUCUCAUACCGAAUUAAUCUGUUUUGUGAUUACAUAUAUCGUAUGAGACGAUUUUAUAAUACCUUACUUGAAAAGUGAAGUGGAUCAAGUUUAAGCUACUGUGCAAAGUUAAAUAAAUGUAAAAAAUGUAAAAUGUCAUUUUUCCAAAUAAAUGCCAAAUAAAUAAAU